AUGGGGUCCGAUCCUCAGUAUAUCAAGUACCCCGACCUCGCUCUCGCUCAACAUGUCUUCAACCUCUCCAAUCCGGCAUGUCCUCAAACGCAGCGGCAAUCCUCUCAGAAGAAGCUUCAAGAAGCGAUAACUGAGAGGAAGAUGGCUCCAUUCUACCGACAUCUUGCCCACCCCGUCGACGGCAUCCUAAACCACUCGAGCGAGGGUGCUCCCCAGCCACGGUCAUCUAGUGCCGGCAAGCCGCUCAGCACCCUAGCGUCGCGAAGAUCAUCGCAAAAAAUAGAUUUUGCCUGGGACGAGGCCUUGUACCAGUCACUUGUUGAGGAUAACCGAAAGGAGCUGGCGGACUUUCAGAAGGAAGAGGAUGAGGCGGAGGAAGCUGCCGGAGAGACUGAGGUGCAAGCCGCGCGAGGGAAACGCGCUGAAUUCUGGGCGCGGGUAGGAGAUAAGGACAAAGCAAUCGAGUCACACGAAACCCUCCUAGAGAAGACAACAUUCCUUGGAUCAAAGAUCGACCUAGUACUUGCGAUGAUCCGAAUCGGACUUUUCUUCGGUGAUACUCUAUAUGUCAAGAAAAACAUCGAGCGCGCAGAAGAAUUGAUCGAGAGCGGUGGUGACUGGGAUAGAAGAAACCGUUUGAAGGCAUACAAGGGAUUGCACCUGCUCACCGUCCGGUCCUACAGCACUGCUGCCCCUCUACUCCUUGACAGCCUGUCCACAUUCACCAGCUAUGAGCUUUGCAGCUACUCUGCUCUUGUCAUCUACGCAGUACUUGCAGGCUCUUUAUCUCUUAAGCGAGUUGACUUCAAGGCCAAGGUGGUGGAUGCGCCCGAGAUCAAGGCCAUUCUUGGAUCUGGCGAGGAUCGUCUUGCCGCCCUAACCGGCGAAAUCUCCUCCGGACCGGGAGCUGAAGACGAAGAGAUGAAGGAUGCUUCCUCAACGGGCGCAACCACGGCUGUCAACCUGACUGCUUUCGGUGGCAGUGCCGGCAUCCAGGCGGAGGCGGAAAACCCUAUCGACUUCACACCUCUUUCGAACUUGGUUAGCAGUUUGUACAACGGCAACUACCGGACAUUCUUCGUAGCUCUCGCCGCCGUGGAGGACAACUUUUUGACCCAGGACCGAUACCUAUAUGAGCAUCGGGCUUGGUUCGUACGCGAAAUGAGGCUCAGGGCCUACCAACAGCUCCUCCAGAGUUACCGGGUGGUGGGAUUGAACAGCAUGGCUAGCGAUUUUGGCGUUACGGUGGACUAUCUGGAUCGGGAUCUUGCUAGAUUUAUCUCGAACAACAGAAUCGCGUGCACCAUUGACCGUGUCAAUGGGAUCAUCGAGACGAACAGGCCGGACGAUAAGAACAAGCAGUACGCUGAUGUAGUGAAACAUGGAGAUGCUUUGAUCACAAAACUGCAGAAGUACGGUCAAGCAGUGCGUCUGCGGGGAAGCGAACGAGGCUAG